CUCGGUGUUGCCUGCGCACUGGUGAGUACGGGUCGUGUUGAUUUCAGAAGUCAUCAUGGCGCUCACGUCUACAGUUAAAGAGCAUCCUUAUAGCCAUCUGAUUGACACAUUGAAAGAUGGCCGCAUCAAGUUCUUUAAUCCACAGAAAUUGAACGAUCCAAGAUAUGACAAGCUGCCUCUGUCCAUCCGUGUCUUGCUGGAAGCAGCAAUUCGUAACUGUGAUGGCUUUUACACAAAUGAGGAAGAUGUCCAGAGCAUCUUGGACUGGCAGGAGCAGCAGAAUAAAGCUGAGGUUCCAUUCACACCAGCACGAGUCCUUCUCCAGGACUUCACUGGUAUUCCCGCUAUGGUGGACCUGGCGGCCAUGAGGGAUGCUGUGGCCAAACAUGGAAUGGACCCCGGUCUGGUUAAUCCUAAAUGUCCUACAGACCUCAUUGUAGACCACCCUUUACAGAUUGAUUAUAAUAAAUGUGCCAUACAGAAUGCUCCAAACCCUGGUGGAGGUGACAGCCCAAACCAGAGCCAGGGACCCUCUCGUUCCACAGCUUCCAGGCCUCCUUCCAGAGGAGGCUCGCAGUGUGGAGGCCAGCGGGGCUCCUGUAGUAAACCUGCUUGCAGUGACCCUCCAGCCUCCCUGGGACAGCCAGCUUCUGUCCAGCAGAUAGAGAACACACCUCUCCUCUGUCCUUUCCACCUGAAGCCUGUGUCUGAACCUGAAACAGCUCUGAAGAAUCUAGAAAUGGAAAUGAGCAGAAACAAAGAGAGGCUUAGGUUCUUUAAGUGGUGUUCAAAAGCAUUUAAGAAUGUGAACGUGGUUCCUCCGGAUGUCGGUUCAGUCCACCAGGUGAACCUGGAGUAUCUGUCCAGAGUGGUCCAGGUCAGCGAAGGUUUCAUCUACCCCGACAGCGUGGUGGGAACCGACUCUCACACCACCAUGAUCAAUGGCCUGGGCAUCCUGGGCUGGGGCGUCGGGGGGAUCGAGUCAGAAGCUGUGAUGCUGGGCCAGCCAGUGUCUUUGACCCUUCCUCAGGUGGUGGGCUGCAAACUGGUGGGCUCCAUCAACCCCCUAACCACUUCCAUAGACAUUGUCCUUGGCAUCACAAAGCACUUGCGACAAGCUGGGAUUGCUGGAAAGUUUGUAGAGUUUUUUGGACCUGGUGUGUCCCAGCUAUCAGCCCCUGACCGAACCACCAUCGCCAACAUGUGCCCAGAGUAUAACGCAACUGUCAGCUUCUUCCCUCUCGACCAAGUCACACUCGAGCACUUUAAAAAGACAAAUUUUACCCAGGAAAAACUUGAAUUGUUGGAGUCUUACACGGCGGCUGUAAAACUUUUCCGAAACUAUGAAGAUCCCUCAGAAGACCCCCAGUAUUCUGAGGUGGUAGAAAUCAACCUGAGCUCCAUGGUGCCAUAUGUGAGCGGACCAAAGAGGCCUCAGGACAGGGUGGCAGUCAGCAGCAUGAAAGAAGACUUUCAGAGUUGUCUUGAUGAGAAGGUGGGUUUUAAAGGAUUCCACAUCUCCAAGGAGAAGCAGGAGACCCGGAUUCCUUUCCUGCACUGUGGUCAGGAGUAUGAGCUGACCCAUGGCUCGGUGGUGAUUGCCGCUGUUAUCAGCUGCACUAACAACUGCAACCCGUCUGUCAUGCUGACUGCAGGUCUACUGGCCAAAAAGGCUGCAGAGGCAGGACUUGUUGUCAAGCCUUACAUCCGGACCAGCCUGUCUCCUGGAAGUGGCAUGGUGACUCACUACCUCAAUACGAGUGGAGUCCUGCCUUUCUUUAGCCAGCUGGGGUUUGAGGUGAUUGGUUACGGCUGUGCCACAUUGCAAUCAAACAGGUCAUAUUUUCAUAAUCCUGCUCUGCUUUAUCUUUGGAUUCAGGACACGUUCACAACAAUCAGAUCCUGACUUUAUCUUGUUCUUUAGGGUGACCUGGUGGCCUGCAGCGUGUUGUCCGGUAACAGGCACUUUGAAGGCCGUCUGUGUGACUGCGUGCGUGCCAACUACCUGGCCUCCCCUCCCCUCGUUAUGGCUUAUGCUAUUGCGGGUACUGUGGGAAUCGACUUUGAGAAAGAGCCUUUAGGUGUGACAUCAGAGGGCAAAGAGGUGUACCUCCGUGAUAUCUGGCCAUGCAGGGAGGAGGUCCAACAGAUUGAGGAGGAUAUGGUCGUCUCCUCCAUCUUUAAGGAUCUUAGGGGAAGGAUGGAGAAGGGGAACACAUUUUGGAACAACAUUGAAAGCCCUGAUUCUGUGCUCUUCCCCUGGGAUCACAAGUCCACAUAUAUCCGUUCACCAUGUUUCUUCAGCAAAUUGAGUAAAGAGGUUCCUCCUCCUCAGUCGGUAGAAAAUGCUCAUGCCUUACUUUUCCUCGGGGACAAAGUAACCACAGACCACAUCUCACCAGCAGGCAGCAUCGCCAGGGCCAGCGCAGCUGCCAAGUACCUGUUGAGCAAACGCCUGACACCGCGGGACUUUAACUCGUAUGGUGCUCGCAGAGGGAAUGACGCUGUGAUGACCAGAGGCACAUUUGCCAGCAUCAAACUCCAAAAUCGAUUCAUCGGCAAACCAGGCCCCAAGACUUUGCACAUUCCUUCAGGCCAGACAAUGGAUGUGUUCGAGGCAGCAGAGCGCUAUCAGAGAGAUGGCAUUCCCCUCAUCAUCCUGGCCGGGAAGGAUUACGGCUCUGGAAGCUCCAGGGACUGGGUAGCCAAAGGACCAUACCUGCUGGGGGUGCGUGCGGUCAUCGCUGAGAGCUUUGAGAAGCUGCACAAAAACCAGCUGCUGGGAAUGGGCAUCAUGCCGCUCGAGUUCCUGCUCGGCCAGAACGCCGACUCGCUGGAGCUCAGCGGGAAGGAGAGGUUCACCAUCACUCUGCCAGACAGCCUGAGUCCGAGGGAGCAGCUCACUGUCAAGACCAGCCAAGGAAAGUCUUUCUUUGUCACUGCACGGUUUGACACAGAGUUGGAUGUUAUCCUUUUCCGGCACGGAGGGCUUCAUAGAUAUGUUGCUCGGACUUUGCUCUGAAACAACCUGCAGCUCCCUCUAAAGCCUACUGAAUGUGCAUUAUGUUCAUGAACCUCAGCCUCCAUCAUUUCACCAGUCUGUCCUCAGCAUGGAAGAAAACCAGCUCGCUGGAAGUUGAUUUGUCUGCCUGAGCUGGAUGGAUGCCUCCAGACUUUUGAAGACAUGCACCCAAGCUACUUCUCCAUCACUACACUCAGCUGUUUCUGCAUUUGCAAGCAGCAGUUCUCCCUACAAAAACAAGUGCAGGAAGAUGCAGUGACAUGGACUUAAUAUCGAGAUCAAACCCUAAUGAACAUCGUGUUUUUGCUUUUUUAUCAUAGAAGACUGAAAGUGCAGACUACCAAGAAGAAAUGAAUUGUCUGCUUUUGUUAUCGUUUGACUCAAAAAAGCAAUCCUGCCUAGAAAGGCUAAGAUGGUGCUAGGUACUACAGCAUUGUUUCUUAGACUUUGGUACAGUGUGUUUUUCCCAACAUCUAAGUAAAGUUGCAUAUUGUGAAUUUCAAAAAUCUGCAGAAUUGAUGUCAGCUGCCUAUAUGUUGAACCGCAGCCAAACAAUCUUAUGUUAGUUCUAUUAAUGUUUCUUUUAUCAAGCCUUUGGCAAAACAUACUAUUGCCUCCUGACACUCAAUUUUUACUGUGUGGAAAAAUGUGACCUUUUUUUUGCUGUUACAUGUAUCGGUAAGCUCUCUGCAUUAACAUGGCUCCUGCUACAAGUGACAGUCCUCUGCAUCACAUUAAAAGGUAAAUUAAAAGCU